UUCUGCUCCACUACGCUGAAUUAAAGUAAAACAACCACUUAUUUGAAUAUUUAACUACACAUUGUAAAAAUUCAAGUGAUUUAAAUUUGAAACUUUUGUAAUAUUAAUUAACUCUUCGUGAAACAUUUUCCUUGCACAUAAGUUAUCGUAAGUUAUCAUUAUUACAAUGGUUCUGUACACUCAACAGUAUAUUGAAGACAAAUUGAAAAAAGAGUUGGAUACGGUUUUUGUUUCUGUUGAAGAUCUUUCGGAUGGCUGUGGAGCUAAAUUUAAUGCCAUAAUUGUUUCACCAAAAUUUGAUGGAGUAGCUUUGCUUCAAAGGCACAGAAUGGUGAAUGAGAUUCUUAAAGAAGAAAUGAAUUCUAUUCAUGCCUUUACUCAAAAGACGUUGACACCAGAGCAGUGGGAAAAGCAAAAUAAGAAAAUGGAUGAUGUGAAAGUUGAUACAAAGUGUAUAUGUAAAAACUCAGCUAAUGCCUGAUGAUACUCGGAUAAUAAAAAAGUUUGAAUUGCUGAUCAAGAUGAAGCAAAAACCACGAAAGUUAAUCUCAAAGAAUGAAAUGUACGUAAUAUAGCAAACACUUGUAACUGUGCUAAAUGUUUUGUAUUUUAUGAUCAUCUCUUAGAGACAAUUUAUAAUAAAAAAGUU